CAGGAAGUGUUCUGUCACUCCGGCGCUGAUUGUGCAGACUGCUGCUUCUGCUGUGGUCCGCCUUCACUUUCCACCGCCGCUACAUCAGGAGGGAGAUGACUGUCAUCUCACACACCUGCUAAAGAUCCCUGCCCUCCUGGACAAACACAUGGACACAGACACACUCAGACAGCAUGGGCUCCAGACUGAAACAAAACCCUGAGCGAACCUUCUACUGGUUCUUCGAAGCAACUUGCCCUGUAGCCAGAGACAAAGAUCCUGGUGUACUGUUUCAGUUUCCAGAGGACUUCAGUGAUGAGGAGGCCUCUCAAACAUUGCCCAGAUUCUGCUUCCCAUAUGACAUACAAAGAGUGAGGGAUGGAGUGGCCGUACAGCACUUUACUUUUGUUCUGACUGACCUUGAGGGAUGCCAGCGCUUCGGUUUCUGUCGUCUCACCAACAGCACCCAAACCUGCCUUUGCAUACUCAGCUAUCUCCCGUGGUUUGAAGUGUUCUACAAACUUCUCAACAACUUGGCUGAUUAUCUGACUAAAGGACAGACCAAAGAGAUGAAAGUGCUGCUAACUGCACUCUACAAACAGCCCAUACCACUGGCAGCUGGAUCUGUCACUCUGCAGAUGGGAGAGCAGCUAUUGGUCAGCACAGAGGUGUCCCAUCCUGUUGGACACCCAGAGGGACAAGAGGGGGUUCCAUACUUCAUUGCUCCAGACCCCAGAAGUCUCCCCUCCAUCCCUGAAAAUAGGAACUUGACAGAGCUGAUUGUGGCAGUAGACGUGGGGAACCUUCUCCAGCUCUACGCCAGCAUGCUGUUUGAGAGACGCAUACUGAUCUUUGCCAGCAAACUCAGCACUCUGACGUCUUGCGUGCAUGCACUGAGUGCUGUGUUGUACCCCAUGUACUGGCAACACAUCUUCAUACCUGUCCUGCCACCACACCUACUGGACUACUGCUGUGCACCUAUGCCUUACCUAAUAGGGGUCCACACCAGUCUAUCUGAGAGGGUGAGGAGUCGUGGGCUGGAGGAAGUUGUAAUUCUAAACGUGGACACAAACACACUAGAAACCCCCUUUGACGACCUUAAAAGGAUACCUUCAGAUGUGAUGUCCGGGCUGAAGGUGUGUUUGAAGCGUCAGGCCGUGUCUCCUGGCUCUGGUGUCUCACGAGCCUUCCUGAAAGCUCAGGCUCUGCUGUUUGGAGGCUACAGGGACGCACUGCAGGGUCACAUGGAGGGUGAGAUAUGUUUCAGCGAGGAGCUGUUUCUAGAUCACAAGUCUCACAGUAUGAGACAGUUCCUACAGAGUGCCAUUCAUUUACAGUUCUUCAAACAGUUCAUUGACAGCCGCCUGGAUGUUAUGAACAAAGGGAAGGAACCAGAUGACCUCUUCGAGGAUGAGAUCCUAAAUUGUGAAACAACAGCUGGAAAAGGGAAAUCUUAUCAGCAGUUGGUUGGUAAUUUAAAAAAAGGGGGAGGAGCGCUUAUCCUCAACAUGAAGUCCAAAGCAAACAUGAGGGCCAAAGGUCUCGCCAAGUCGGGUUUGAAAAACCUGCUGAUGCACAAGGCCCAAAAUGAAGAACACACCCUUCAGAGAGGAGGAUCAGUGUCACACCGCCGUGCCCAGUCUGACUGCCUGCAGAAUCGGCUGCCGAUCACACAACACUUUGGCAUGUCACGACCCCGUCGGCCUGUUCAAAAGCACAAGACUCCCAAAGACCAGGACAACAUGAAGGACACUGAAGAUACAUGGGAUGGUGACAGAGAAAUAGAGAAACCCAGGGAAUGCACAUGUCUGGGCCUGCGGUCGAGCCUGACUCUGAGCUCCAGGAAGGAUGAGGAAGAAGGGGAAGAUACACUGCUGUGUGACCCGGAGGAGAUGGAUCUGCUUGGGGAGAUUUUUGAUACACUCAGCUCCCGGAGCUCCUACGACCGCGGCCAGCUGUAUGGCACACGCAGUCUGGAUCUGUUCGGACCUGACAGUCAUGACUAUAUCACAAAGCGCGGUAUAGCCAACCCCAGCCAGGAGAGCCUGUUCUUGUCCAUCAGCGGCAGUGGCAGCCUGCACAGCUGGAAUCUGGAAACAACAGAUGAGCUGUCAGACCUGACGGAGAACUCUGAUUGGCCGGGCCCAGACACUAGUGUACCAGAGGAGGAGGAGUCAGAGAGUGGCCUGCUGGCAGCAUGUGAAAUAAGGGAUCAAGAAAGGGAACAGAGGGAGUAUGGGGGGAAACAGGAAGAAGUGAAGGUAGCAAUAAAUGGGAACCAAGGAGAGGAAAUAGAUGACAGAAAUAAUUUUAAGGAGGUAAAGUUCAAGGAAGAGAGAAAGAAAGAAGAUCAGGAAGAGAGAGUGAGUUUGGGAGAUGACUCGAAGACAGAAAUAUCUGAGCAGCGAGAGGAUGAAGGGUUAAAAGAAAAAGGGGAAGAUGAUAGAAAUCAGCCUGAGGAGAUAGCUGAGGGACACAAAAUGGAAAGAGAAACAGACAAAAUGCAGGAAGGUGCAGCAAGAGAAGAAGAGAAGCAAGAGGACAAGUUGGAGAAAGACAAAGAGGCGACAGGAUCUUCAAACAAACUUAUAAAACUGAAUCUCCAAGACCCCGACACAGUGGAGCAGACAGCCAGUCCAGAAACUACAGCUCCUCCUGCACCGCAGAGCCUCGCUGCUGACCCUCAACCUCCAGCGGGUCAGGAAAAAACGAGCGAAGAAGCAGUAAAGAAAGAGGAGAGAGAGAUAAGACAAACCCCCACUCCUCCUAAAGUGCUGUCUGCUGUAACACGCUUCCAGUCCCAGGCAUCCAGCCAGAGCUUUCAGGUGAAGUCCAGGAUCAAGGGCUCGGUUGAACCUGGGAGACCGUACAACAUGCUGUGGAACAGGGAGCACACACAAACUCACCCGCCAUGUGACCCAAAGACAUCCGAGGAAAACAACCGCUCAGAGGCGCAUGAGGGGGAAGACCCUCCUCUCAUCAAAGUGUCUGAACUUAAGAAGAGAUUUGAAGCUUAAAGGAUAAUGCUGCUGACUUUUUAAAUGUUUUUUUGUGUUGUUAUUGUCAACAAAUUGCAUGAAAAAAGACUAGUUUCACUUUUUAAAAAGGCAACAUAAUUUCUGAAAAACCUGGGCACUUAGUUCUUGGCAAAUGUUACACAAACCAAAGAGUGCAUUUAUGGGGCAUUAUGUCAGGGGCAUUUGUAGCAGGACGUUGUAUGUGUGACUAAGUCAAAGUAAACUACAACAUGUGUGUUAGAGGUAGAUAAGGACCAUGUAACCAAGUGCCACAGUGUGGCUCAGUUUUUGUGGGAUUUGUUGACAAUGAGAAAAGGCAAAGAUUCAACAGCUUCAUCCUUGAGGACACAAACUGGCUGGCAGGUGACUUUGCCAAGAUUUAGCAAGUAUUUAAACAUAUUUUUGUUUAUUUGAAUAUUGUGUACUUGAUGAAAUUGCACUUAGAAUUAAAGCAACUAGGCAGCACGGCUGAAAUAAACAAAUAUGUGAAUUUUGUAGAUCAGCUACUGUAUGAUGGCCCAUUUUUCACUGCUACACAAGUAUGUGAGUUUUCUACAAAUGCAUGUGUGUAAGACAUAUGCUCUCCAUCAACUAGUGCUGGACAAAAACUGACAAACUCUGGGGAUCAUUAUUUCAUUUUUCAUCUUUCACACAGAAUCUGAAUAACUUAAAACCUUAAUAAACUAAACAUUUUGAACAUCUAA